GAGCCGGCGGGCCCGGCAGCGCCGAGAGCAGGCGGCUUGUCAUUGCUGGUGCCCCGCGCCCGCUCGCUCCGCGAGUCCUGCGGUGCCCACGGGCCCAGCCCCGCGCCCCCUGCUCCGGCCACCCCGGGGGCGCAACGCCGCCGCGCCUGCUUCCAGCUGUGUAGCUCCGGCCCCCUGCGGGCAGCGCGAGCGGUCGGCGCGGGAGCAGUCGGCGCUGCGACGCCCCCGCCCCGCCGUCUGCCGGAGACGCCCCGGCGGAUGGGGCCGCGCGGGCCCAGGAGCGGCGCCGCCGGGCGGCGGGGGCCUGCGCGGCCGCCCGGGCAGCCGCGUUAACCCUUCGCCCGCUGCCGUCCGGGGGCGCUGGGAAGUCGCCUGGGCACACACGUGCCGCCUCCGUCGGGGCCGCGGAGCUGCGGGGGAGAUGCGGGCAGCCGGCGCCGCCUCGGGGGGCUCCGCCUCGCCCCAGCCCCCCGAGCUCUGACGCCGCCCCCGCCCCUCCGCCUCCACGCCUCGCUCCCCGGGAGGGGCGCAGACCCGCGCGCCCGGGGCCGGGGCCGCCUCCGGAGCGCCGCGAUCCGCCUUUUCUUUCCUUUUUUUUUUUUUUUUUAUACUCCCCCCCCCCACCCCUUCCCUUUUAAAUUUUGGUCGGUGGCGGCGGUGCUGGGCCGGAGGAAAGAAGGGACACGGAGUCCUCCCUCGCUCAGCCACCCCCUCCCCGCUUCCCCCUGGGCCGGGCUCCGGGAGAUGUGCCGGGCGGGGGGCCCGGCUUCGCGGAGCCGCCGGAGGAGCGCGCACGGCCGACCCCGAAGCGCCGCUGGACAGGCUGGUGGGCCAGGCCGUGGUACCCUGGUGAUGCGGGGCGAGGCCCCCCCCACAGUCCGCUGAGAUCCCUGUGCCCAACCCUGGCCUUCGCCAUGGCCCGCUUGGCUGCAGCACUCUGGAGUCUCUGUGUGACGACUGUCCUUGUCACCUCUGCCACCCAAGGCCUGAGCCGGGCUGGGCUCCCAUUUGGGUUGAUGCGCCGGGAGCUAGCAUGUGAGGGCUACCCCAUCGAGCUGCGGUGCCCGGGGAGUGAUGUCAUCAUGGUGGAGAAUGCAAACUACGGGCGCACAGAUGACAAGAUCUGCGAUGCCGACCCUUUCCAGAUGGAGAAUGUGCAGUGCUACUUGCCUGACGCCUUCAAAAUCAUGUCACAGAGGUGUAAUAACCGAACCCAGUGUGUGGUGGUGGCCGGCUCUGACGCCUUUCCUGACCCCUGUCCUGGAACCUACAAAUACCUGGAGGUGCAGUACGACUGUGUCCCUUACAGUGAAGCCAGGAUGAUGGGUGACCAGGCUCACUUACUGCUCGUGUAACUUUCUUCUUUUAGUCUUCGCCCUUUCCUUUCAGUGCCUGAGGCCUUCCUCCACCGCCUGAGGGGGAUGCCCAUCCGCUCCCCGAAGCCUCCCCACAGCACUGGGGACACUGCCCACCUGCAGCUGGGGCAGCAGGGAGGGAGGUGGGACAAAGCAGGGAGUCUAGGACAGGGGGUCGGGUAGGUGGUGCGAGGUUUGACUGCGGCUCCUGACUUGUCUGGCUCUGAGACCUGCAGCAAAUGACUUAAAAUUUCUUCGGGUGCUGCAGACGGAGGCGUGAGUCCUGGAGAUCGGGAGUGACAAGCGCUUGGCCCUGCGGCCAGAGUCUGCUCCCAGGAGCAAAGCCCCGAAGGCAGAGGCUGCGACUUUCCCCCCCAGCGCCCAGUCCCGAACCUGGUUCAAGAUGUGCUCAGUGAUGAAGUGGAGCAGAAAGGGAAUGGGGGGGUGGGGCGGGGCCCCCCACCUUUCUGACAUCAGCGCUGCCUCGGUCCCUCCUCCCGAGCCGGGGAUGGUCACAGGUGGUCUCCAGAGCGUCUCCCUUGGAGCCAGGACUUUGUGGAUAUACACACACCCCUCCUUGUCUCUCUUCCCUCUGCACAGCUCCCUCACCCCCAAUGUCCCGGGAGUCCUGUUGUUCUCCAUGCCCCCACUCCACCCUGAGCCACCAGAGACCCUGCCGGCUGGGGCAGCACUGGACUCCUCCCUAGGAGCUGCUUCCCUCCGUCCUUUCCUCAGCUACCUACUGAGGCUGCCAGCUGAGAGGAGCCCAGACAGCAUCAGGGACCCGAGGAGAAGGAUAGACAGCCCUAAGCCUCCCUGCCAGAUCUUCGUGUGCCCAGGGACCCUGCAGAAGGUGCUGGAGCCCACCUCUACACAUGAGUCAGAGCAUCAGUCUGGUGCAUGGUGCAAGGACCCGCUGCAGGCAGGUGACCGUAUCUACGUUAUGCCCUGGAUCCCCUACCGCACGGACACAUUGACUGAAUAUGCCUCAUGGGAGGACUAUGUAGCCGCACGCCACACCACCACGUACAGACUGCCCAACCGUGUAGAUGGCACUGGCUUUGUGGUCUACGAUGGCGCAGUCUUCUACAACAAGGAGCGCACUCGCAACAUUGUCAAAUAUGACCUGCGGACCCGCAUCAAGAGCGGGGAAACUGUCAUAAACACAGCCAACUACCACGAUACCUCACCUUACCGCUGGGGAGGUAAAACCGACAUUGACCUGGCAGUAGAUGAGAACGGACUGUGGGUCAUCUAUGCAACUGAGGGCAACAAUGGGCGCUUGGUGGUAAGCCAGCUCAACCCCUACACGUUGCGUUUUGAGGGCACUUGGGAAACAGGCUAUGACAAGCGCUCGGCCUCCAAUGCCUUCAUGGUGUGCGGCGUCCUCUAUGUGCUGCGUUCUGUCUAUGUGGACGAUGAUAGCGAGGCCGCAGGCAACCGCGUGGACUAUGCCUUCAACACCAAUGCGAACCGUGAGGAGCCCGUCAGUCUGGCCUUCCCCAACCCCUACCAGUUCGUAUCUUCUGUUGACUACAACCCCCGGGACAACCAGCUCUAUGUAUGGAACAACUACUUUGUUGUGCGCUAUAGCCUGGAGUUUGGACCCCCAGAUCCCAGUGCUGGCCCAGCCACUUCCCCGCCUCUCAGUACCACCACCACAGCCCGGCCCACACCCCUCACCAGCACAGCCUCGCCUGCAGCCACCACUCCACUCCGCCGGGCACCCCUCACCACACACCCAGUGGGUGCCAUCAACCAGCUGGGACCUGACCUGCCUCCAGCCACAGCUCCAGCACCCAGUACCCGAAGGCCUCCAGCCCCCAAUCUGCAUGUGUCCCCUGAGCUCUUCUGUGAACCCAGAGAGGUCCGGCGGGUCCAGUGGCCAGCUACCCAACAGGGUAUGCUGGUGGAGAGACCUUGCCCCAAGGGAACUCGAGGAAUUGCCUCAUUCCAGUGCCUCCCAGCUCUGGGGCUCUGGAAUCCUCGGGGCCCUGACCUCAGCAACUGCACUUCUCCCUGGGUCAACCAAGUAGCCCAGAAGAUCAAGAGUGGAGAGAAUGCGGCCAACAUUGCCAGUGAGCUGGCCCGCCACACACGGGGCUCUAUCUAUGCUGGGGACGUGUCCUCCUCAGUGAAGCUGAUGGAACAACUGCUAGAUAUCCUGGAUGCCCAGCUCCAGGCCCUACGGCCCAUUGAACGAGAGUCAGCCGGCAAGAACUACAAUAAGAUGCACAAGCGAGAGAGAACCUGCAAGGACUACAUCAAGGCUGUGGUGGAGACAGUGGAUAACCUGCUUCGGCCGGAGGCGCUUGAGUCAUGGAAAGACAUGAAUGCCACCGAACAGGUUCAUACAGCCACCAUGCUUCUAGAUGUCCUGGAGGAGGGUGCCUUCCUGCUGGCUGACAAUGUCAGAGAACCUGCUCGCUUCUUGGCUGCCAAGCAGAACGUGGUCCUGGAGGUAACUGUGCUGAACACGGAGGGCCAAGUGCAGGAGUUGGUGUUCCCCCAAGAGUAUCCCAGUGAGAACUCCAUUCAGCUCUCCGCCAACACCAUCAAGCAGAACAGCCGCAACGGUGUGGUGAAAGUUGUCUUCAUUCUCUACAACAACCUGGGCCUCUUCUUGUCCACGGAGAAUGCCACAGUGAAGCUGGCAGGUGAGGCAGGGACAGGUGGCCCUGGAGGUGCCUCCCUGGUGGUCAACUCACAGGUCAUCGCAGCAUCUAUCAAUAAGGAGUCUAGCCGCGUCUUCCUCAUGGACCCUGUCAUCUUUACUGUAGCCCACUUGGAGGCCAAGAACCACUUCAAUGCAAACUGCUCCUUCUGGAACUACUCAGAGCGCUCCAUGCUGGGCUACUGGUCAACCCAGGGCUGCCGAUUGGUGGAGUCCAAUAAGACCCAUACCACAUGUGCCUGCAGCCACCUCACCAACUUCGCAGUGCUCAUGGCUCACCGAGAGAUCUACCAAGGCCGUAUUAAUGAGCUGCUGCUGUCAGUCAUCACCUGGGUUGGUAUUGUCAUCUCCCUGGUCUGUCUGGCUAUCUGCAUCUCCACCUUCUGCUUCCUGCGGGGCUUGCAGACUGACCGCAACACCAUCCACAAGAAUCUGUGCAUCAACCUCUUCCUUGCGGAGCUGCUCUUCCUGGUUGGAAUAGAUAAAACUCAGUAUGAGGUCGCCUGCCCUAUCUUUGCGGGACUGCUGCACUACUUCUUCCUGGCCGCCUUCUCCUGGCUGUGCCUGGAGGGCGUGCACCUCUACCUGUUGCUGGUGGAGGUGUUCGAGAGCGAGUAUUCACGCACCAAGUACUAUUACCUAGGUGGCUACUGCUUCCCAGCCCUGGUGGUCGGCAUCGCAGCAGCCAUUGACUACCGAAGCUACGGCACUGAAAAGGCCUGCUGGCUGAGGGUGGAUAACUACUUCAUCUGGAGCUUCAUUGGGCCCGUCUCGUUUGUCAUUGUGGUGAACCUGGUGUUCCUCAUGGUGACCCUGCACAAGAUGAUCCGAAGCUCAUCAGUGCUCAAGCCUGACUCUAGUCGCCUUGACAACAUCAAGUCCUGGGCGCUGGGUGCCAUUGCACUGCUCUUCCUGCUGGGCCUCACCUGGGCUUUCGGCCUCCUCUUCAUCAACAAAGAGUCAGUAGUCAUGGCCUAUCUCUUCACUACCUUCAACGCCUUCCAGGGGGUCUUCAUCUUUGUCUUUCACUGCGCCUUACAGAAAAAGGUGCACAAGGAGUACAGCAAGUGCCUGCGUCACUCCUACUGCUGCAUCCGCUCCCCACCUGGGGGCACUCACGGCUCCCUUAAGACCUCAGCCAUGCGAAGUAACACCCGAUACUACACAGGGACCCAGAGCCGAAUCCGGAGGAUGUGGAAUGACACCGUGAGGAAGCAGACAGAGUCCUCCUUUAUGGCAGGUGACAUCAACAGCACCCCCACCCUGAACCGAGGUACCAUGGGGAACCACCUACUGACCAACCCCGUGCUACAGCCUCGUGGGGGCACUAGCCCAUACAAUACACUCAUUGCAGAGUCCGUGGGCUUCAAUCCCUCCUCGCCCCCAGUCUUCAACUCCCCAGGAAGCUACAGGGAACCCAAGCACCCCUUGGGAGGCCGGGAAGCCUGUGGCAUGGACACCCUGCCACUUAACGGCAACUUCAACAACAGCUACUCCUUGCGAAGCGGUGAUUUCCCUCCAGGGGAUGGGGGUCCCGAGCCACCCCGAGGCCGGAACCUGGCAGAUGCUGCCGCCUUUGAGAAGAUGAUCAUCUCAGAGCUGGUGCACAACAACCUGCGAGGGGCCAGUGGGGGUGCCAAAGGGCCUCCACCAGAGCCACCUGUGCCACCUGUGCCAGGGGUCAGUGAGGACGAGGCCGGUGGACCAGGGAGUGCUGACCGGGCAGAGAUUGAACUUCUCUACAAGGCCCUGGAGGAGCCGCUGCUGCUGCCCCGGGCCCAGUCGGUGCUGUACCAGAGUGAUCUGGAUGAGUCGGAGAGCUGUACGGCAGAGGAUGGGGCCACCAGCCGGCCCCUCUCCUCCCCUCCCGGCCGGGACUCCCUCUAUGCCAGCGGGGCCAACCUGCGGGACUCGCCCUCCUACCCGGACAGCAGCCCGGAAGGGCCUAAUGAGGCCCUGCCCCCGCCCCCACCUGCUCCCCCUGGGCCCCCAGAAAUCUACUACACCUCUCGCCCGCCGGCCCUGGUGGCUCGGAAUCCCCUACAGGGCUACUACCAGGUGCGGCGGCCCAGCCAUGAAGGCUACCUGGCAGCCCCCAGCCUCGAGGGGCCAGGGCCCGAUGGGGACGGGCAAAUGCAGUUGGUCACUAGUCUCUGAGGGGCCUCAUGGACCCGAGGCCUGGCCAGGGAGGGAAUCCAGGAGGGGCUCUGGUGGGAGCAGAGACUGACGGAGGCAGUGGCUGGUGGGCCACUCUCUCCAGGUGCCCCUCUGCCUGUGGGCCCCACAGCCCCCUUGGGGACUAUGACCUGGGCCCCAGGUGCCAGGGUUAGUAGACAGGGUUUCCACCAGCCACAAGCCCCAGCCUCUCUAGGGGAGUGCAUUGAGGAGAAGCCCCCAGGGCCCUGGGAGUGAGAGAGAAGCUGGUAGGUGUGACCAACUUCUGAAGCUCCCUGCCUGUGGAAGGAGACAGCAAGGGACACGGCUUCCCUAGGUGUGUAGGGGUUGCCGCUUCUGAGCUGGCCAAAGCCUUGCAGGAUCCACUCUAUCUGCUGCUCACUCUUCUCCAUCCACCAGAGGAACAGUGGGGUUAGUGGGACAGAUGGACGGGAUCCCUCCAUGCUACAGUUCCUUGCUUCCUGGAGACUGGGCCUUAUACCACGAGAAAGCCCAGGCCCAGGGGCUGGGGCUGGGUGGGGCGGGAGGGGGGCUGGUGGUUAAUGGUGGAACUUUCUCUGAAGCUCCUUUCUCCUUUGCUAUUGGUCCCUGACUCCCAAGCAAGCCUGCCCCUCAGCCCCCAGAGUGCACCCAAUGACCCCCCUCCCUUGGGGUGACUCCUGAUGAAGCACAACUCCCCACAGGGCCCCUAACCCACUGGAGUGACCAUAUUUGGGCAGUUCCCAGUCCUGUGGGCUGGGCUAUCUGGGGAACAGAUUUGGGGUCUGGGGCUCCCUGAGGAGUGGGUCCUGGGUUUGGAUCUUUCUCUAGGGGGUCCUCUUACCCCUCUCUCUUCCUCCCCUAUUGCUGUAAAUAUUUCAACAAAAUGGAAAAGGAAAAAAAAAAAGACAAAAAAAAAGUAAGAAAAUCUCAUCACUUGAAGCCACCGGGCACCUGCAGCCCAGGCCAGCCCGGACUUUCUCCGGAACAGUGCAGCGGCCAGCCCUGGCAGCCAGGACUUCCUGUAUGUGUACAUCCCAGCCGGGGUGGGAGCCGCCAGAGCAGCUUUUUACACUCCAGAGACAGAACAAAUCUAGAAGCAACAGCAAAACAAAGAACCUGUCCUUCCCAGCACCGGUCCUUUCACCUCUGCUCUGUCCACCCUGCAUCAGUCAGCCCUCCUGGGGCGUGUACCUCACUGCCUGCCCCAGGGCCAGAGGCCUGUCUCCCCUGCCCCACUGGCCAGGAGACAAGAUAUCUUCACACCCAAAGAUGCUUUUGCCAAGAUGGCUGCACUAUCCCUUUGAGUUCCUGCUUCUUGUAUAUCACUUCAGGACUCACAGCAGGCAGGAGGAGGCUGGUGUCCCAUCCUGAGAAGGGCAAGGGAAGGAAGGUCAGAUGUGGUUCCUGGGGCUGAGGGUGGGAUGGCAGUAGUGAUGUCAUUUCAGGGGUGGGGGACAAAGGUGAGAGGUUGCAUUUCCUUACCCUAUCCCUACCCCAAGCCCUCUGUCAGGCUUAGGGUGUCCUCUAAACACCUCCAGCCCAGCCUGCCCUCCCCCCAGUUUUUUGGGGGGGGUUUCAUAAUCCUGCUGCCAUCAUCCAGAGGUGGCAACACACCUCUGCUGACUUCAUCCUGUCUCUUCCCUGCCUCCUUCCUCACAAGUGCCAUGAGUUUUCAAGCAUCCUUGGGUCUCAGCUUGCUGCUGCCAUGAGCUUCUUUGCAUUGUGGGGGAGGGACUCUAGGUAGGAGCUGAGGAGGAGGUGGAUGGGUGGCUGGAAGGACCCUUUUUGCUGCUAGAAAUCCCUCUCCUUUCUAAGGAGCUGGGACUGGCUUGUCCCCAAUCAAUGAGGGGGAAAGGGGCCAGACCAAAGAUAAUGGUUUGCCCCAUGGAGGGGAACAGAUGUGAAAAGGCAGGGUUUAUUCCAUCUCUGGUUUUCUUCUGGUAAUGUUUUAGCUUGUCUUGCCAGAAGAGCAAGAGUGAAGUCUAGAUAGGGGAGAAGAGACAGGAUGGGGACAGUUGCCAGGCAGGUGUGAAGAGAGCAUGAAAUGGCUCAUAGCCCUUGCCUGACUUAACUGGAUCUGGACUUUGCUGUGGCUGUAUGGAGUGGCUGGCCUAGGAGCCAGAGGACUUGACUCAGCCCAGGCCCAAGGCCAUCAGACACCAAUAAAGCUGGAAGAAGCUGUGGGGUGAGGAGCUCCUCGGGGACUGGCAGGCACAGGAGUCCUGCGUCCUUUCUUCCUAUACAGCCCUUCUCCAAAUGUGGGCUAUGGAGGGCAGGCUGUAGUGUAGUAGGGCCCAUGGUUUCUGCCUAGCUGGAAUCACUAGCACAGGGAGCAACUUGCUUCUAGGCCUCAGAGCUACAUGGCAGGUCCCCAAGUGGGGCUGGAUCCACUACAAUCCAGCGUAAGCCACCCAGAGAGCCCAGGUGUCCCCUACCCUAACCAGACCUGGUGCCUUGACGCCCCCACCCCAGCGGGGACGGUACAGAGAAGGGUCUUGGUCUCCUCCUCCCUUCCUUGGGCUCCUGAAUUCAUUUGCUCCUGAAUCUUGCUCAUUCUUUUUCUCUAGGUCUUUUUCUUUUGAGUUUUCCUAGCUAUUCAACUUUCCGUUGUGUCCUUUUUUGCUGUCUCUGUGUUCCUCUCAUUCUCAAUUUCUUAGUCCAUUUGGGCCUCCUCCCUGCUCCCACACCCUACUCCCUCCCCUCCUUGGUCUCCUUUUCGAUAUGCCAAACCAAUUUUGGGUCGAGUGCAUUUAACGAGAAUAAAACAAAAGGCUCAUAAGAACGUUUCAGAAAAAAACAAAAAGUUUUAAAAAAAUGUUGAGUCAAAAAAGUCAAACAAUAAAGAAAUUAAGAUUUCUUGAAA